CUUCUAGCUUAUUAUUUAAGAAUUAAAAUAUAUACCUUUAUAAUGAUAAUAAUUGAUAACACGCUGGCAUUUAUAUUUUAAAAAAUAUUCAAUUUUUUUAUAUUUAAUAUUUAUUAUUUACCUGUUAAGUAAUGAGUGCAUAGUAAUGUUUACCUAAAUUAUUUAAAUUCUUUAACUAUUUAAUGUUGUAUAUACUUAAAAGUAUUUGAUAUUACCCUGAAAUGAGCGAAGAAAUUUUGUACAUUGUAUCGGAUUAUGUUCAAUGGCAUGAAACUGUAGAUUUGAAAAAAUCCUCCAAGAAAAGCCCUCUAAGUGUUGUUGAUUACAUUGGUGCAUUAAAAUAUUUUCCCUAUUUUUCUUCAGAAAUAUUAAUUUCUAAUGAACCAACAUGGAAGUUUUGUAUUGGAGGCAAUGGCCAAGUUUUGUCUGUUGUCCAACAUCAUACACUGGAAAUGCGCACAGAGAAACAUUAUAAUAAGACUAUAGCAAAAGCAACAUUACCUGAUUUAAUAUCAAAUGAUUUAUACCCAUCAAAAAGAGUAUUGUCAUGGAGUCCAGAUUGUUCAAUUUUCGCAAUUGCCACUUCACAUGGUCACAUUGCUUGCUAUGAUCUCUUAGCCUCAAAUUUAUUUGUUAUUAAAUCUAUCCAAAAUAGUACUAAACAACCUACCAAUAAUAUAUUCGCCAAGGAAAUGGUAUUUUUAGAUUUGCGAACACGGUCUUCAAAAUGGUCAUAUGAGCUGAUUUUAAUUGGUGGAAAUGGAUCGUUAACUAGCUAUGCUGUAUCUACUGUGUAUGGUUACCAAAUUCAACACACGUUUAAUUUUAUUCAAGUACUAGGUGCUUCAUUAUUAUCAUCUGUUUCAUCAUGUUCAGAUCCAGCUUACAUAAUUACAUCUUCGGAUAUACAAAAUAAAUUGGACUUAAAUGAUUCUGGCUUAAAUUUAUGGUCAAUGAUUUCAUACGAGCCAUAUUACAAUCCAGUUUUAUCUUCAAAUAUUAUACAGGAUGGGUUUUUAUCCAGGUUUAUUAAUAUGGUACUUCGUAAAAAAAAUAAAUUUAUUAUUAAAAUGAGUUUAUCACCUUCAUCUACACUGUUAGCGUGUUUAUAUGGAACCCGAACAGUCUGCAUUUGGAAUUUUCCAGAAAUAACUGCUUGCAAGAGUUGGUCUGUAAAUGAUCAAAAAGAAUUGGGUGGCAUUAUUGAUAUUGAAUGGUGGUGUAAUGAGCUUCUAAUUUUGGGUUGUUUUGAUGGCACUCUAAUCAUUUGCAGUGAAAAGGGCCAACAGAGUGUAGUUAUCACUAAAAUGAAUCCUUGUUGUUUCAAAUUAUGUGGUUCAUAUAAUAGCAAUAAUUUUGUUGUUGCCGAUUAUGAAACAAUCGAGUCUGUCAAUAAUUCUCAGGAUUCUAGUGUAAAUUCCAAACCAACAACAACAAAUGUGUAUAAACUUAUUGCUGUAACCAAAACUACUCCUCAGCAGUUACUCAUGAAAAAAAUACAGGAAAAGCAAUAUGAAGAUGCAUUGCAACUAGCAUUGAAAUAUAAUUUGGAUAAAGAUUUAGUUUAUAAGCAUCAAUGGUGUAAUAGUUUAGUUCUAGAAGAAUCUAUUAAUAAUAUUUUGAGCAAAGUAUCUGAUAAGCAAUGGAUUGUGCAUGAGUGUUGCAACCGAGUUUCAGAAACAUUAAUUGGAGCAAAGCAAUUGAUUGCAUACGGCUUAGAAAUAACUGAUUUUUCUGCAUACCUAAGUAUAGAAUCUGAAAACACGAGUACAUUCAGCCAAGAAGGUAAAGAAUUUAUAAUAUCAAGAUUAAAACUCUUAAAUUACUUGGAUAAACUAACUACUUAUGAAAUGGUAUUGAAAAAAAUGGAUGGAAACAGUGAAGCCCUUUACAGUGCAUGCACAUAUAAACAUCUUAGAGAUUUGAGUCCUUUACAAUGGGCUUUGCAGUUGGCUAGACAGUGCCAAGUUGACGCAGUUUCUAUUGUUUUUACCUACUAUAGUGAUCAUGUUAUUCCAUACUGGUUGGACAUAUUGAAUGAUUUUCCAGAGACACUAAUGCUGAAGUUGUACAGACAUUUAUUGCCAGUUUGGGAUCCAUCUGAAAAAAAAGUUAUAUUAUUAGAGUCGAAAAUCUUAAGAGAACUUGAUUGGUGCGAGUCUGAUAGAUUUAAAAUAUUAACUGGCACUUUUGAGAACAUAAAAACUGUUUCUUUGACUGAAUAUGACCUCAUUCAUUGGUAUACAAAAAGAAUUAGAAAUAUUGAGUUAUGUACUAAAUUAGUCCAACAUACGUUAGAAAUGGCUACCAUUGCUCGUGAAAAUAACAUCAAGGGGUUAGAACAAUUGCAUGAAGAUUUAUCCGUUCUAGAAGUAUUGGUAUAUGAAGUUGGCUUAGAGAAUAUGUUUUUGGAAGAUAUUGAACAAUUGAACACUUUAGAAAAAGCAUCAUUGUUUAUGUCAAGGUGUGAUGACAAUUUGUUCUUGAAUAAUCUAACAAACUAUUUCUUACCAUUUAUACAAACUAAAGCUGAUACAUUUUAUUUGCUGGAGCAAUAUCUAAUACAAACUAGUCAAAGUUCCUUAAAAAAAUUGUCUCAGUAUUUCGAGUAUGUCCAAAUUAAUGGUUGGUGUAUAAAUGUAUCAGAUGAAGCAAAAAUAGUUUUAGGUCUUAAAUGCAUUUAUACGUACACAAGAACUGAUCAAUUAGAUGAGGCACAAAGUAUUGUUUUAUCAUUGUUAAAAAGUGUAAAAAAUACUGUUGAAAAUAGAUCUAAUAUAAAAAAACUUGAAGAUACUAAGCAAUUAAUAAAUGCUUCAAAAUUAUUACUAACAUAUGGUAUUAGAUAUCCUCUUAAAGUGUUGAUCGAUAAUUUGACCAACAUUGUUUUUUUCCGAAAAGUUAUGAUAUCCAUAUGUGAAUAUACAUCAAUAAAUAAUCAAACUGAAAAGUAUUGGUCAAAUGUACUUGGUGAUUUGUUAAAAAUUGCAGAGUUAUGUUUCCCGUCACUUUCAAUUGAAAUAUGUUACGAGGAAUAUGUCAAAAUGCUAUUGGGUAGUCAAAAUCAAAAAAUAAUACCAUUAAGUAAAGAUGUUUUAUUGGGUAAAUUACCAGAGCACUUAAGUUUAAGGAUUGUUAUAGACACAUUUGAUAUGUAUUUCGAUCGAGCAAAGUCUUUCAAUGAUGCAUCAAUGGCCUUAGCAAAAUUAUGUUUACAAAUUAUACCUGAUGCCGAAGAUUUACUGUUACAUGAAUGGAAUUUAAUUUCUGCUAUGACAAUAUUUAACACUCUUGGUACUAAAUUACUUCCAGUCCAAGUGCGUCAAUGUAAAAAUAAAUGGAAGUUGAUAGACAUUACUAUAUCUUCUAAACCAAACAAUUAUACAUUAUUGAAAAAGUUAAUAACAUUAGCUAACAAAUUGGAUAUUAAAUGUCAUGAUAGCUUUACUUCUACCGAAUCCAAUAUUUUAUUCAAAUGUGCUAUGGUUGCAUAUCAAGCUAAUGAUUUGAAAUUUGCUUCUAAAAUAUGUGUUCAAUUGAUGGACAAAAAUGAACCAUCAGUAUGGCCAUUAUGCAUUGAAUUAGGAGUACAUAACGAUAUUAUUGAUAUUGGUUUGAAAAUAAAAGUUUUGUCAUUUGCUGUGCUUAAUUGUCCAGUGGAAAAAAUUGUUUCAAUUAUUGAAUUGAGGAAAUUAUUGGAAAAUGAAAAUACCGAACAAAUAAUUGGAUAUGAUUCUCAAAUAGUGGUUCCAAUAAUUAAAAAUAUCAAUUACCUCGCUAUAUCAAAUAACGAAAGUUCGUUACAUUCAAAUUGUUCUAAUUGUGUUGAAGUUGGCCUAUCACAUGAUGAGUUAUUAUCCAAUUUAAGAGAAUUGCUUACAGUCUCUUAUAACCAUUCAAAUUAUGACCAAGUUUUGGCUAUUUAUGGCUUCAAAUAUCUUGGAUAUGAUUCAAAAAUGUCAGUAUUAUGUUUUUUGCAUAUAUCAAACGAUAGUAUUGUAGACGAGUGUUUCAAUUGUUGCGAAGGUGUUCUUAGUACUAAACUAGCACUAUAUAUUUAUGCAUUACGUUAUGCGCAUAAAGUCAUGCGCAAUGUUGAAAUUUUUAAAGUACCUACAGAUCAAUUGAUCAAAGAAGUUAUGUCUGACCUUGAUGCUCAAUCUUCAGUAUCUAAUCUUGAAAUAGGAAAUUAUUUACGUAAAUAUGCGUUGUUAUAUAGUAAAUGUGCAAAAGGAUUGGAUUUGAAUGUAAGCCCAGAAGAAAUGAAUAAAGAACUUAUAAGGAUGGCUGGAACUGGUCAAGUAAAACAUUUAGAAAAAGCAUUGGAAAUAUGCCAUAGGCAAUCAUUAGAUAUAAAUGAUAAGUUAUUGUUAGAGUUUUUAAAACAUUGUUUACACACAAUACCUGCAAGAAAUAUAGAGGAAAUGUUAACAACAAUGGAAUUCAAUAGUUUGAUUCAGAACAAUAAACAAUUUUAUAAUAGUUUUAUGCUUGAGGUUUAUGAAGACGUGCCUGGAACUAAUCAUAAUGUUUUAAUUGCCUACUAUACUGUGCUAAAUUUUAUCAUUCCUAAUGAUCAUGGGCAGUUAGAGGAUAACAUAACACCUAUUCAGCAUAUCAAACUGCUGAAGAGAGUUCAUAGUACUAUUCCAGAUAUUGAUUAUAAGUUAUUGUUAAACCCUGAAACUACCUAUGAAACAUUUUCUAUGGCCCAACAAACUGGAUGUAGUGCUCCUGUACUAAAUAGAUUGUUGAAAAGUCUACCGGAGAAAAUACAACAUCGUAUAAAACUAUCUCGUUCUACAUCUUCAGUGUCUGAUGUCUGUCAAGAUAAUGUGGAUUUCAAUCAGUUAAUACAACAGACUAAAUCACCGGCAGAUGUUGAUAAAAUUGUUAAACUAUUAUCUCAGGCAAAUGAAUUUAAUGAAGUAUGGGUUGAAGCUUUGAAACGGUUAUUAGUGUUUCAACCACACGAGUUUCGAAUUUCAAUAUCUGUACUAAAAUAUACCUGUAGUAAACACAAUUUUACUAAACAGGAAUUAGAAGAUUUUAGUAGUAUCCCAAAUGUAAAUGUUAUUUUACUUUAUUUGUUUUAUUUAUUAUCUGGUGAAAGUGCUGUAGAAGCAGCUGCUAUAAGUUUUUUUAAAACUAAUCAUGUACUGCCUGAUUUGGUAUUGGACACUAUUCUUGAAUAUGGUCUGGUAGAACAAUUGGUUGAAUGUGAAGAGAUGAUGAACAAUCUUACACGUCGAGCAUUAGCUGGGAAUAGUGGAAAAAAUUGCCGAUUAGUCUGUGAGCAGUUAGCCUCUACUGGGCGUAGUUUGUUGGCUGGUUCAUUGUAUUUAAGUCACAAUGGUGUGCCAGCUGCAUUGAAAACCAACGUGGCUGCAAGAGAAAUAUCUGAAAGCUAUUUGGGCAGAAAUACAAAAGAUAAGUGAAAUAUUUAUGUAUGUUAUUGUUGAUUUAUGAUUUAUUGCAUUAAAGGUUUUUUUAUUGAUUGUAUUUUAUAUUAUAAUAUAUUGAUAUGUAUAAUUUUAUUUAAUGCUUGGUGAUAGAAUCACACACCAAAAUAUGUUGUACCUAUUUAAAAUUUAUAUAUUACUAAUUUAUUCAAUGUUUAUAAUGUUAUUUUGACUAUUAUAUAAAUUGUUUUUCAUUCUGAAUAAUGAAUGUAUUGAUUUUACAAUGAUGUGUGUUUUUAAAAAACAUUUUUUUCAUAUUGUCAUCAUUUUUAGUGUUAUAAAAAUGCUUAAAUUUUUAACAUUAAGGGUGGUUUCUCCCAAUUUAUUCCAAAUGCUUUUAUUUGAUUGUUCUGGUAACGGUGCCGUAAGCAAGCUGCAUUUAGUUCACCAGUGUCGUAUGCGAUCGGCCAUAUUUUUUUCGCGUUCUACAUGUAUUUAAUGCACAGGUGUUGUAAUUAAUCUACCAAAAAGUACUUAAAAUUAGGUAGUUUAUUCAAAUUAUUAAAGUGAAAUUUAUUUAUUAUUAAAUUAUGAAAUAGUAUGUUGUAUAAAAUAUUUAAAGCAGGAAAGUGGGUGUCGCCCUGCUGUGAAGUAGCUCACAAGUGGGUCACUGUAAUGGAUGGUGUUAAAUUUGAAUUCAAUGAUAAAAUAUUAUUGUAUACGAAAAAACGAUUCUGAGACGGUUUGUCAGCUUAGGAUAUUUUAUAUUUUAUUUAAUAUAUUGUUAUUAUUAAUAUGGUAGCCGGUAAGUUCUGAAUUAAUAUUAUUUGUAUAUUAUCAUAUCCGUAUAUAAUAAUAUACUUAAGAAGUUUCAAGCAUCUACUCACGAAUAAUAUUUUUAAAUUACAACACAAAACUAAAAUUGUUCUUCUUUGUUUAAAUAUCUAAUUUCAUCCUAAUUUGAACUUAAAUUAACUAUAAAAAACUGUGUUAAAAUAUUUUUUUAGAUUUUUUGAUUACAAUAUGGAACUACUUAUGAUAAACCUUGUUUAAAAUUUUCAAUUUUUAGAUAUAAAAAUUAAUACAUUAUAUAAAUUUUUAAUUACAAAAUAAUUUGCAAAUUUAUGAGAAUAUGAUAAAUUUCUUUAAAAUUUUAACUUUACAUGCUUAUAAAAAAAAAAAUUGUGCUUAUGUAUUUUCUGACGGUUAUUAAAUAAGCUUAUGAGGAACUUUGUAUUCAAUUUCAAGCUUUUAGACCCUACGGAGGAAUACAUUUUAUUGACAUUCAUAGAAAAAAAGGUGGAUAAGUGGAUGUCGCUCUGCUGUACAGUAUGUUACAAGUGGGUUACUGUAAUGGAGGGCGUUAAAUUUGAAUUCAAUGAUAUAAUAUCAUUGUAUAAGAAAAACGAUUCUGAGCGAAAACGGUCAGUCAGCCUAUGAUAUUACCAAGUAUAUUUUAUGAUAUUAUUGUGAAUAAAGUUAUUUAUAUAUAACUUAUUUAUGUGGAACCUUGUUUUACAUUUUUAAUCCUUAGCUACAAAAGUUAAACAUUUUAUACAUUUUUAACUACAAAAUAAUUAAUAAAUUUUAAAUGUGGUAAUUUUUGUCAAAAUUCGAACUACAAAUUCUUAUAAAAAAAAAUUGUGAAUGUAUUUUUAAUAUUUGUCUACUGCCAUAUUGUAACAAUAUAUUAGGAGCUUUGCAUUAAAGUUACAUGCUUUUUUACCUUCAAAAAACAUUUUAUUGAUAUUUAUAGAAAAAAAUUUUUUAAUUAAAUUAAAAACUGACAAUGCCUGUAAAUAGCUCAAAAAGAGUCAAAAUAUUUUCAAAAUUUUACUCUGUAUAUAAAAUCAGAAUAUAAACAUUCAGUGAAAUUUUCGUAUACCUACAGUUAUUCGUUUUUGAAUUACAACAAAAUAACAAAAUCGCUACAUGAGAAAUCGAGUGAAUAUCCAAUAUUGUAAAAAUAUAAUGAACUUCAAACGCUCAUAAAAAUUUUAUCUGAUUUGCUUGUAGACAUUUUUUUUUUUUUGAUAAAGGUAGACAAACUUUUGAAUAAAUCUUGUAACAAAUUUUUAAACAUUAGAGUUAAAAAGAAAAAUUUUUAUGAAUUCAUAACUCAAAAUUAUUUGCUAAUUUUUGUGGUUUUUCAGUGUUUUGCCAAGAUUUGAACUUUAAAUGCUUAUUCAAAAAAACAGUGACUAAGGAUUUUUAAUAUUUUUCAACUGCUAUAGUAACAAUAUACCAGGAGCAUUGUAUUUUCAAGAUUUUAUUAAUAUAUAUAGAAAUAAAGACUUAAAAAAAAUGAAAACUGAAAAUGUCCGUAAACAGUUCAAAAUAAGUCAAAAAAUUUGGUAAAUGUUAUGGUGUAUAGAAAAUGCUAACAUAAACAUUCAGUCAAAAUUGCAUGUACCUACGGUCAUUUUUUUUAAGAGUUGCACCAAAAACCAAAAUCGAUUUUUUCAAAAACAGAUUUUGCGUACAAAUUCCUGUUUUUUUCUAAAUUUUUCUUUUGUUUUUCAUGGCGCUUUGGAAAACUACUGUUAAAUUUUUACUUUUGAACCCCCAAAGUACCAACUAUAUUCACUUUCCCAUCAGAAAAGAUACUGUUGAAAAAAAUCUAAGCAUUUUUAGUAUCCUAAAAGUUGAUGACAGACACAAAAAUAAAUAAAAAAAGACACAUCAUUGUAAAAUCAAUACAUUCAUCGCUCCGCUCAGAAUCUAAAUACAAAGAUGAAAUUUGAAAAAUAAAAUUAAACAAUAUAAAUGUUUAAAGAUACAUAAUAUAUAAUAGAAUUAAGCAUUAAUGAUUAUUUUUUUCAAAAUAUAUUAUAUAUUAUAAUAUACAAAUAAGAAGUAAAAAUUAUAAUUAAUAAUAUCAACGUGUUACAAUUUUAGUAAAAUAAAAAUGAGUAACUAAAAUGUAAUAAAUCAAAUCAUGAUUAUUUGGUUUUUAUUUAUUCAGUUAUCAUUUAUGAUUAUUUAUAAUAUUUAUAUUAUUAACAAUGUUUUUUAAAUAAAGUUAUAUGUAUUUGGCAAUAAAUUAUUUAUAUUUAUAAAUUUUUGAUUCAUUUAUGAUAUCAUAUCAUUGUAUACGAAAAACGAUUCUGAGCGGAGACGGUUUGUCAGUCUAGAUAUUUUAUAUUGUGAUCAUAUUUUAAUAUUUUAUUAUAGACUGUAAUUUGAAUUAAUAUUAUAAAUUACAAUUUAAAUCGUUAUUUUUAUUUGCUUCUAUGGUGAUAAACUAAGCGUUAGAAAUUAUAAUCCCAUUUUCAACGGUUUUUUGUUAUUUGUCGGUGGUUAUAUAAAUAAUUAUUGAGAAAAUCGAAAAAUGACCUCUCUAAUAAGUACAAUCUUAACCCAAUUUGCUAAAAGAUAAGAUACGAUAUUUUGAAAUAAAAACACUCCUUUUGGUAGAUAUUUUGUAUACAGGGUUACAAAAAAAUAAAAAAUAAAAACCAUUGUAAAACCUCUAGAUUCCUCACUCCGCUCAGAAUCUAAAAUUGUUCUGGUGAGGGCGAACGCCUGUCUGUAUAUUAUUAAAAUAAAGACAUUUAGUUAAUAUUUAUCCUGCCAUAAUUUGAAUGAAAUAAACAAAAAAAAAAAAAAAUUGUUAAAACAUUAGAAUUAUUAUGACCUUUUUCUUCAUAAACUAUCUUAAGUGUAUUGUGUAUUAAUAGCUUGUCUAUUAAUACAUGAAUAAUAUUAAUUAUAACUAUUAUUGUUGCCUAAAAAUUUUCUAAAAUAUAUUUUUUUAUCUGUUUUAUAUAAUGUAAUUAGUUUUAUUCGGUGGUCGGAACGCUACUUUUUUAAAAAUGUAGUGUACUACUUCUAACAUUAUUGUUUUCGCGCGUUACUUUUCACACUUAAGGUUUGUCGUUACAUUAGAAUUUAGGGGUGUAUUGUAGUGACCCUACGUUAAUCACUGCAAAUAAAGCUGAGUCGCUACAAAUAAUGUGCAAUUUCAAUAAAAUUAAAUAUACCUACUAAUUAUUAUAAUUUAUAGGUACCUACCUAUUAUAAAUUAAUAAAAAGUAUAAUUUACUUUUCCUUAAAAAUUUGGACAUUUUUAUUUUUUUAUUAUUGUUGUGUACUACGUGUAUAAUUAGUAUAGCAGACCGUUACCUACUUGACUGCUUUUUUAACUUAAACUACCAACUAGAUCAAAUUUGGUAUAAAUUAUCAUUAUCGGUAAUAGCAUUUAAUAUUGAUUAAUUGUAAUUAACUGUAAUAAAUUUGUUUAAUACACCCAUUGAAAUGUA